AUGGCGAUGAGAGGCGUCGAUUUCAAGUGGUGAGUUGGGAUCCUUGUUCAUAUUUCCCGUUAUUUGUCUGACGCUCUACAAAAAAGAGAAACUAAACGAUUAUAAACUUGGGAGUAUGAUUAAUUUGUUCAUAUUAUUGUGGUUCUUUCGAGUGCUUUAUAUAUCGGCGAUAUUUCUACUAUGGCAGGUACGAUGGGUUCUUCCUGUCUAUGCUCGCGACGAGCGUGUAUCCUUCUGGUUGUCUGGACCAUGAUAGUUUCAAUGUCGAUGACUUUUUUAGAAAAUUAAGUUUAAUCUCAAGAUAUCUAAAGCGAAAGAGGUUCUCAGACGUUUGCAUUCUUUCUCCCACCAAAACUCGAAUACUGUCUGUAUCACGCUAAAAUUUCGUAGUCAUUCGCGUUCGUCGCGAGCUCAGGUUUUACCGUUAACUUGAUUGCUCUUGGUAUUCUGAAUUCCUUGACCUAUUCACCUAAGAAUCAUUGUUUCGAUCAAUUGGAAGCGUUAUCAUCUCUGCACGCAUCCAUUGCACAUCUGGAUUGUGGUAAGUUUCUCUUCGUUCAGUAUAUUUUCAGGGGUACAUCUGAUUUGAGCUUUUCAUUGAUAUUCGUACUUUUUUGAAUUGUGACGGUUUUUUUAUCUGUUCAUCUCAGGUUGACUAUACAACAGUCUUUAUUUUUCGGCUCUUAAUGUUUGUUGACAAUGGUCUUGCAGCAGGAAUGGGCUUGUAAGUACUGAUAUCCGAUAUCCUAUUUCUAUUAUUUUCUUUGCAAAAUAUUGCUUCUCGCUUCAUCUGUUGUCAGCUGUAUCCGACAAGUUGAAACUUUGCCACCACGUUCCUCUAGCAUAACCAUCUGAUAUCGCUGAAACUGAAUGACCAGGGAAAUGUCAAGUAUAUUAGUUUCCUUGAUCAUACAGAUGCAUCUAAUGAGAAUCGUACCCAACUCGGUAUCACUUGCUUAUGGAUCCUUUAAAAAAAAUUAGCAAUAUGAUUUUGCAGCCCUCAAGGAUUCAACGGAACAUACUGAUUCAGAUAGAUGGCAAUCCUAGCAUUGAUCUCAUUGUGCUAUAGUUACCACAGUUCUGGGCCUUAGAAAAGCCAAUAGAACAUUUCAAAAUAGAAUGUCACACCCGUUUCGGAAUGGUUCGAUAAUGCAGAAAGGUGUAUCAGCGCUAAUGUACACAUCUUUAUUUUUAUACAAAAUGAUUGGCAAUCAACAGCUUCCCCUUUGAUGAAAAUCCGGUUCUAGGGAUCUUGGUUGGCAGCAACGAUAUGUUCGAUUCUGUGGAAGGAUCGCUGUGCUUUCGGUUCUCGUCCUCCUCCUUUACCCAUUUCUUUGGGUUUGGACAGUUAUUGGUACGUUAUGGUUCGCUAGUGCUAGACGCUGUGUAAGUCUCUUUUCACAUAAAGGUUAAAUCAGAUCUCAGAUGCAUUGUUAGACUGCACUCAAUCGCUUUACGCUUCUGAUGGAUGCAGCUUCCAGAGGAAGGUCAAAAGUGGGGCUUCCUUAUCUGGCUGCUUUUCAGCCACUGUGGACUCGUAUGUCUGGGAUGCAUUUCUAUUGGGAAGGUUCGUAGUUCUUUUGACAAAUGUAUGGUCAUCUUUCUGGAAACUUAAAGUUUCUUGGUAUAGCCGCCUGAGCAUGGGUUCCAUAUCUUUAUAUAUUAGAGUCACCAUAUCUUUAUCUAUUGCAUUUCUAUGGGUUCCAUUUCAAAUUUUGCGUUGUAUGAAUUAUUUUUUUCUUUUUGAGACCAAUGGGCUAUUCAACACAAAGUUUUGAUCUGUGAAGGAUGCAUUUUUUUCAUCAGUAACCAUGUCAUGCUGUUCAGUCCAACGAAUUCCGUUUCUUUGUUCUGAACGUGGCACUUUGAAAGUGUUAUUUUGUCCGUAUGUUUUUACAUGAAAAAUCUAAAAUCCUUAAGAAGAAGAACUCGAAGAGCGUACAUAAUGAUCUUCUGAGAGCAUCAUCCUAGCAAUAAAUUUUGGUUAUAGAAAAGAGCCCUGUUUCCAACAGUCUCAGAUGAAGAAAGAGUGAGUGAGGAGGUGGAUAGGUCUUGUCGUCGAGGUAGGGGAAGGCUUCCAAUUGAAUGCAAAUGACUAUGUUUAUUUUCGUUCUCCAUUUGAAACAUAUUGCCUGCUAACCAGUUUAAUUCACAAUAACUGCAUGUAACUUGGGAAUAGGUAAUCGUGUUGUUGUAGAUUCAUUCACAAGGUAUAGAAUUCCUGUCUCUCCUUACUUUUUUGUAUUUUUUUCAUUAGAGAUUAGGUGCUUCAUCUCAUUCAGUCUCUGGUUCUCAUGGGAGAAAGUGUUAUGCUAGGUUCUGUAUAUAUAGAACAUGUAAGGUCUGGUGGAGGAUCACAUGCCACCUGCGUGAAGAGAUGUCUGUGUGCUCAAAUUAGAGAUCGAUGAGAGUUUUCACUCUAAGCAAACAUUUAGUUAUCAUGUGACAAAUCAAUGACAACAUGGGUAUGGUAGAUGACACGGUUGAAAAGUCUACGUCCAGCAGAUCCUGAUUUGACGCCAGAGGCGAGAGGGAGAGCAGGGGCCAAAUAAAAAGCUUUAAGCAAAAUCUGCUCAAAAGCCGAAAACAGAGGAUUUUCACCUUUUGGAGUGGACCUGGAGGUGGCGGUGCCCACGGAAAGUAAAAACUCGAGUUUUUAUUAGCGAAAACCCGCUGUUAAAUCAGGUCUUUCUGCUUCAUGUGGGGAAAUUCACUACUCACAUAUGUUGGAGGACGGAAAUGUUGUGCCAUCGACCACUUCUAAAAAAUGGAGUAAAAAAAGCAGUGAGAAAUAUGGAAAAAAGAGAACCAAAUGAUCCAGAUGUUAUUUCGAUUGAAGUAUUUAAACAAAGAGUGUCACUAUGUCUUUAUUGGGAAAAAAAUUAUGCUAAAUAUUUUUUCAAAAAGGAAACACGAUGUGCAGGAGAAAGGUGAAAAAGGUACACCAAUGCUUUAGUUGAGUACCAAGGAUAAAGAUUAAUUCCAGAAUCCAUGUAAGAUUAUUGAAAUAUAAGAAAAUAUAAAUAAGUAACACAAUUCGUUUAAGUUAUUUUACCAUUUUUUGCAUGAACACAACGAUUAGAAGAAAGGAACACCAUUUCUAUUGAUUCUUUACAGGGAAGCAGUAAAUUCCGAAUUAACCUGGAUGGAAAAAAUGAUGAAGAAUAUUUAGUAUAGGCAUAUUUAGAAAUGAAUAUGAUAUACGGUAUAAAGUAAUAGCAAGAUUAGAUUUAUGUUCUCAAUCCCAAUAGGAUGAUAACGAUGGCAGCAGCUGUUAAUGGUGAGCGCUAUGAUAUUUUGCUGAUUCUUUCUUACUGAAAAUGCUCGUGAUGCAACCUUGGAUACAUGCUGAAGCCUUUUCAAGCAUUUUCAAGUCGGGACACCAUUAGCCAUAUAAACAACUUUCAUCUUGUCAUAGUGAACCCUCCACGUAUCUUAUUUGUCAUGUGCGUAACUCAUCUAAAAACGUUGAUUGCUGCUGCUCCCGCGUUGACUUUACAGAGAAACGUUUUCUGAACUAAUUUUGUUUCUGAACUUCGUCUACAGUGGCUAGCCCGAAGGCAAGCACACUUCCAACGUGCACAGCAUGGAAUCCCGAUCUCUGAGUAUGGGGUGAGCAAGGCCUCUUCUUCUAACCCUGUGUAUCUUGAUUCCUGGGAUUUCACAUCUACUUAGCAUUGCCACUUAUUAUUGGGUAUCAAUAAUGGAAAUAGUAAUACAGGCAAUAUUUUCCAACAAAUUGGGUGGAAAUGAAGAGCCAUACUGAAGUUGACAUUUUCCAAAGCCAAUAAGUGAUGGUCAUGCAGGAUGACGUUACAGAUCUUCAGACUUUUAUGUAUCGUUUUCAGUACAUACACCUGAUUCAUGUAGCUGAGCUCCUGAUCGAUGCAUACCUCCAUUUGGAUUGAGAGGUGCCAGAGUUCCUGGUCAACACCCACAGCGAUUUCUGUCGAAUCCUGCUUGCUAGUUAUCUUGUUUCCUUACUACCAAAUUCAGGAACAUUAUCCCGAUUGUAUCUCAGAUCCUCUCGUGAGUUGACCCAUGCAAUAUCAGCCUCAAAAUAGCAUGAUUUUCCGGCUCCCAUCUGAUUUGAAAGAAUUAGCUUGGCCAUUAACCACUUUUAGCUAUUGUCUCUCCUUGGUAUACAAAUGAGAGGCUCAUUUUCCUCACAUUCUGACCUUUUCCUUCCUGGUCAAGGUGCUGGUUGACAUGAUCCGGGUACCCGAUUGGGCAUUCGAGGUCGCCGGACAGGAGCUCAGGGUGAUGGGUCAGGAAACCGCGUACCAUCCCGGCCUUUACCUCACCGCCACCCAGGUGAAAAAAAAAAAAGAAAAAACUCUCAUCACUAUCCGAUGCGGAUUUUUCAUGGCUGUAACUCGGUGCCACUCUCCAAUGGUGUUUGAACAGAGAGAAGCUGUGGAGGCGCUCAUCCAGGAGCUCCCCAAGUUCUGGCUCAAGGCCGUCCCCACCGACUGCAGCGAGUGUCCCAUCUGCCUUGAAGAAUUCCGCGUCGGGAACGAGGUAGGGAGCUCAUCUUCCUCUUUACUCCGAAGAAAUGAUUUUCAUGGCUGUCGCUGCUUGUUAGCGCGUACUUUUUUAUCUAUUUCCUUUUUUAGAUGUUUAUGAAUAAAAUAAAGAAAUUCCUAUUUUCUAGUUUAACGUAGUUUUUUUCUCAAAAAAGAUAGAUUUAAAAAAUGGGUCUUUGACUUAUUGCAGGUCCGGGGGCUGCCCUGCGCCCACAACUUCCACGUCGAGUGCAUCGACGAAUGGCUGCGGCUCAACGUGAAGUGCCCCAGAUGCCGUUGCUCAGUCUUCCCCGACCUCGAUCUCAGCGCCCUCUCCGACAUCCCCGCCGACGCGCGCCGGCCGACGCCGCCGGCCGGCGAUGCGGCGGCAGCGGCGGCGGCGGCGGCGCGGUACGUGAGUUCACCGCCGGCGGCGCAGAGCUACCUGCUGCGGCUGCAGGGUCUGUUGUGGCCCAUCCGAACGGAGAACGUCGUCCCCAUCGCCGGCGCCGGAGAGGACGGUGGCGCGCCGGAGGCCAACGCCCCCGCUGACCCCGCACUGUCCUGUGUUGUCGUUGAUCUGUCCCCGUCGUCUCAUCACUUACGUUGA